ACACUGAUUCAAAGUGCUCCACUAUGUUGAUGGACUAUUUAGAAAGUUGUUGUUUUUAAGUGGAGGCUCUACCUUGUCUACCUAGAGGAUUAAAGCGUUGUUUUUAAAACAAAUUAACGAUAAAGAGGAAGGAGAGAAGAGAGAGGAGACGCCCAUCAGAUCAUAACGGUGACAGAGAGAAAAUACAUCUCUAAGAAGAUGAUGACAGAUAAAAAUAUUGGACGCUGUCCCAGUCGCUCUUCCAAAUGCAAGACAGAAAAGGCUGGCUCCCAGAUUGCAAGCAGCAAGGACCUGAAACCUCUGGAUGAACUGACCAACAGUGACAUCCCUGCUGUUUCUCCAGAGUUCCUGACCACCGGCCAAGCUCAGCUGGGUUUUCCAGACAGAGUCUACCUGUUGGCAUCAGUCAUCUUCCAGAAUAACUACCUGGAGAAGCCUGUUCACCGAACGGUGAAUUACGGUAAAGAAAGAAGGCUCCCAUUACCUGAAGUCAAAGAUGAGGAGAUGCAACGUGCAGCUUAUGAGCUGGUCUUCAAUACAUUUAAAUAUCAAGAGCUGCUGGAGGAAAUCAUAAUUGACAGCUGCUUUUACCUCGCUCAGCCAAUGCCAAAUGAUCAGAUGGGCCUCGUCGCCGUCAUGCUGUUUGACUUCCAGGACAGAAAGUUCCUCCCACGAGAACGCCAGGGUAAGGAAGAAGAGAUCGUACAGGAAGUUAAAGAUGUGGAGAGCUUCCUCCUCAGGUAUAAAACCAAUCUGGCGGCCUCUCUGGCCCGCUACAGGGUCAAACACAAUCUCUCUUCCAUUGACAGUAUCCUACCGAAGAGUGUGAAGACGAAGCAGGACAGAUCAAGCAACCUUCCGCUUUACGCGUGGGUCAACACACUGACGAGCAGCCUUGAUGAGGUCCAAAGUGUGCUGAAGGGUGCGGGCUUCUCGCAGGUGAAAUCAAUUGGGCAGCUGGAGGGCCAGACCUUCUGCCAGGAUCCCCACUGUGGAGAUAUUCUGGUAUUCCCUGCUCAGCUGAAAGCUCAGCUGUACACCACCAAGCUGCUUAGCAACCACAAACUCGUCAUCCAGGAUAAAUCUUGCAGCCUGGGCCCAAAUGCAGUGUGCUCCCUGCUACCAGAGGAAGGAGAUGUUCUUAUGUUGGGCUUAUUCUCUGGCUUCACCGUCUCCCACGCUGCCUCCCUAAUUGCAGAGAAACACAAAGGCAACGGCAACGUCCAGCCCACAGUCUACGUUUGUGUCGGCGAUCAUACAGACGCUCAGAAGGAGAAGCUGCAGUGGGCCGUCACUGCCAUGGGCUGCAAGAAUGUGACGCUGAUACCAGAGGUCUUCCAGUCUUUGGCCUGCAGUGACAAGCGACUUCAGAAGGUGCGGGUCAUCCUGUUGACCCCCAAGUGUUCCGUGUCUGCCGUCAGCAACCCAGUUGAAUUCAUACUACAAGAGAAUGGAGACACAGUACUGCUGCAGGACUUAUCCCAGAGCUCCAUAGCCCAGAGCAAACUGGAAGCUCUGGUAGCCCAGCAGAGGAAGAAUAUUGAUCAUGCCUUGAAGUUCCCUAAGGUUUUGGCAGUGGUGUACUCUACUUGUUCGUCAUACCAAGAGGAGAAUGAAUACGUGGUGAGCAGUGCCCUGGAGCAUGUCAAUGCCCUCUCAGAGCAGGAGGGGGAACCAAAACAAGCGAACUUCAGGCUUAUUCAAUCCCCGUUCAACAUUCCUAACCAUGCCGAGGGUCAAGAGGAAACAGAACCCUUCUUCAUGUUGGAGCCCUCAGAACAGAGCAAUGGCUGCUUCCUGGCUGUUCUCAUCAGAGAGCUCGAGCCAGUGGUCAAAGAGUUACCACAUGAAGUGCUUAUGAGGGCAAAUGCCAAAGGCAUACUGGACAGGAUCUGCUCCAACCAGCCAACCAGAAAAGCUGGAUGGAAAAAGAGUCAUGGAUACACCAAAGUAAUGGCAGGAACUACCCACGCUCGCACCUCUCAGCCUCACCUCUCUCACGAGCGAGCGGUCAAAGAGUCACCAACAUCCAAAGCACAGCACCUGCAGGCGUCAAAAAACACUGUGUCCAGCUCCUUCUCUUACUCCAAACAAGAAAACAGCGCAUCCGAGGAAAGCAUCACCCCUGUAUUAAACACUACAACUUCCACCACCCCUCUGGAUCCCACCCCUCCUCCUGCUACCCAGGUUGCCCGUCCCCGCAGAGCUCAUCGGGAGGUGCUGAAGCUUGUGGAGCUCCUCCUGCCUCGCCAUAACUUCCCCGACAUCUCCUUCCCACCUCAGCCCAGCAAAAGCCACCACAGGUGGAUGCACUAUGAUAUAAAGGUACCCCUCUCCCGCUCCAGUGCUGGUCUCUUCAAGGAUGCUAUGGUCGGAUUCGGGCCUCUGUUCCAUUCUGGCAAACACCAAUACAAAUAGUAAAAGUGUUCACUUUUCUGCCAAAUGCUUACUUAAAGGGACUCUUUGUAAGAAUCAGAAA